AUGCAACUAGACACAGCAGCGGCGAGGCAGUCUUUUGAUUAUUAUAUGGAGAAGAGCUGCACAAAAUUGAUGAAAGCGCAAUGCUUAUCUCGUGGUUGUGGCUGGCCGUUGCGGGAAAAAAAGUACGACAACUCGGACAGAUUUUGGAUAUACAAGUAUGUCGGGAUGCACACGUGCGGCAUUGAAAACGCCACCUGCAGGUACAAAAAAGUCUCAUCCGAAUUGAUUGCUUCACUAUUGGAUAUGUUGGAAAAGAAGUAUAAUUGUGAAGAACAUCAUUCGCGGGACAUCGGAGCACGGAUAUGCUUGCUUGCCGGCUUUUUCCCACAUGCAUUCGGAGCUUACAUACGAGGAUAUGCCCACAUGAGAAAGUUAAUUGUCAUCGAUGGCAUACAUUUGUAUGGAAAGUACGGGGGCAUUCUGCUGAGCGCCGUUGCACAGGACACCAAAAAUUAUAUAUUUCCGAUUCCCUUUUGUGUCGUCGAUAAGGAGAACGAUGCUUCUUGGACCUUCUUUUUUCAGAAGCUGAAGUCUAUCAUUGAAGAUAAACCAGAUCUAUGUGUCAUCUACGACAGGAACAUUAGCAUCGCCAAUGCCAUCUCCCGUGUAUACAGUCGUGCACAUCAUGGACUUUGUAUGAGGCACCUCGCUGAAAAUCUUCACGUAAAUCAACACUUCGGAGAACAUAUUUAUCUAUUCUACGCCGCGGUAAAGGCUUAUUCCUUUGAUGAGUUUAGUGAUAAUUUUAUAGAAUUGAAGAGUAAAUGCCCCGAGGCAGCUCAUGUCCUUGAAAAUGUGCUUGAUUUUGAAAAAUAG